AUGAGCCAGAGGAGUGGACUACAGCUGUUACUACUGCUGCUACUGGGCACCAUCCAAACCGGUCUAGGGCUGCGCUGUUACAAAUGCUCCGACUACACCGGGCGCUGUCAGAACGUCCAGGAGUGCACCUACGAGGACUCCUGCAUCUCCAUCAGCGAAAGAGGUGGAAAAACCAUCCGCCAGUGCUUGCGUUACACUGACUGCGAUAACUCCCGGCUGCAGCAGAUGUUUCCAUCCAUCAGCGGCUUCACGUAUCGCUGCUGCAGCUCCAACCUCUGCAACUCUGUGUCCGGCGCCACCACCGCCGCCCCACUGUCUGUGCUCGCCACCAGCCUCGUCGCCUUCACCUGGACCUGGCUCUAA